GACAGAAUCACGGAUUAACUUCGCAUCAUUGCAAUCUGAUCUCACAAAACGCCACCGUUUCAUCCCUACAAGGACCUCCUCCUUCAGAGUCGGUGAUAUAAACUACACGAAAUAAAUUGACAUCACAAGACAGAAUCACGGAUUAACUUCGCAUCAUUGCAAUCUGAUCUCACAAAACGCCACCGUUUCAUCCCUACAAGGACCUCCUCCUUCAGAGUCGGUGAAUUCUUAUCCGGAAUUCUAAGCUAUCAGCAUUCUGGGAUAAAUCUUGCUAAACCCCCACGAUGUCGAGCUUUAAUGAAGCGCAGAAGAAAGAGAUCAUCGUCCUUGGGGCGGGUGUAAUUGGUCUGACAACCGCUAUAAAGAUCCUAGAAGACAAAGGCACCGAGUACAAUGUAACAAUUAUUGCUGAGACGUUCCCUACGGAUCCACGGACUAUCAAGUAUACCAGCUUUUGGGCUGGAGCACAAUAUGUCGCUACUCGUACUGAAGAUCUUAAUCUACGACGAAUGGAGCGGGAAAGCUUUGAUGUGGUUUGGGCAAUGUCAGAGCCAGGUUCCGGUGUCGCCGAAGGAUGCUUAUUGAGAUGUACGGAUUAUGCGCAUCUUCCAGAGGAGGAGCGACAUCCAGAUGGCGAAGAUCAUCCAUGUGCGUUCAUGCCUGAUUUCCGCCAACUUCGGCCAGACGAACUCGCUUCUGGCGCCGUUCAAGGCUUUGCGUGCACUGCAGUGACCUUUGACAUACCUCGCUACCUCCCAUACCUCCUCGCGCGGUUUACUUCUGGUGGAGGUUCGAUUAUCCGUGGCAGUGUCGCACACAUACAACAAGUCCUCGAGGGUGGGACUAAGCUAUUCGCCAGUGAAAAUUCAUUGAGAAAGCCUUCGCCACCCGAUGCAGUCAUUCUUUGUGUUGGUCUUGGCGCAAGAUUCCUAGGUGGAGUUGAGGAUAAGGAUGUCAUUCCGGUCAGGGGACAAACAGUGCUUUUGCGAGCGCCAUGGGUACGAACUAUGCCUGUUUUGAGAGACUUGAAGGACGGAGCGAUGCCGCCAUAUGUUAUUCCCAGGAAGGGAGGCGAUGUCAUCGUCGGAGGAACCUAUCACCCUAACGACUGGUAUCCUCAUCCUCGACCAGAAAUCACAGAACGUAUCCUUGCAAGAGGACUGAAACUCUGUCCUGAUCUCGCACCCCCAGAGAUCCGCGCUGAACGCGAACCAACUGUGGACGAUUUGCGUCCGCUAAUAUUGGAUGUCGGUGUGGGCUUUAGACCUUAUCGAAAUGGAGGAGUGAGAGUCGGUGUAGAGUGGAUGGACUCCGAGUCAUCGCCAUUGAAGGAUAAGGGGAAGAAAGUUCCUGUGGUGUUCAAUUAUGGGCAUGGUGGAAAUGGAUAUCAAGCCGCAUGGGGCUCUGCUAUAAUGGCAUUGGAGUACCUGGAAGGUGCGUUGAAGAAUCAGGAAUAAACACAGAAGAGUUGUAGCAUUCUGAUUAGUUGUGGCCACUGAGUAAUUUGUGUGUAUAUUAUAUAGGCAAGCUGGAAGCACAUAUGUCCAUUCGUUAGCUCUGGUUAAAUGAAUACAGGAUAUGCUGAUAGUGAACGCGGAAAAUGAGCGGCAAUAUCAAUUGAUGUGGUUUUUUUUACUCCACAAGCGCCGGCACUCUGCGCCACU